GGUAGCCUCCCGCCUCCUCCACCCCAUCUCCCCCGCCGGCGACCCACUCUCUGCCUCCACCUCAUCCCUCAACCCUAGCGCCGCCGCCUCCGCAUUCGCCUCCAGGGUCCCCGACGCCGCGAUCUCCCUCGCGUGCUUCGACCGACCGCAGGCGGCGCUGAUACGCUAUGCGUCUGGAGCUCCGCCUUCGCCGCGAGCCUGACCGCUCGUGUCUAGAAAUUAGGGGAUCGUGUUCUCUUCUCUCCGAACUGGAUGCAGUUAGGCCGCUUAGCUGUCAGGCAAGGCCAUGCCAUGCCAAUGCUCUCAGUGCUAAACGAAAUCGAAUAUGGUGCGGCGGUAUCACCCGUUCAACUCUCUGCGGUUCAGCGUUUGCCUCAAAAUUCUGUUUACCCCAUCAGUAUGUGGGUCAAUAGUAUGCUAUUUUUCCUGCGUUAGUGUUGAUGUUUUGUGAUUUUUUUUUUCUUGUGCAGUGGGAAGUUGCGGGGCAUUCGUAUGAUCUGUUGCACGCUGUCGUGAAAAUGGUGCUGUUAUCCCCUCUUUCCUUCGCCAUAUUACAUAGAAGAUGGAGAAACCAUAUAUGAAAUGGGUACAGUUGCUCUGGAUGUAAUGUAACAGCUCAUCUAUCUUAUCAAGUGCUUCCCAGUGAUGGCUCAGCCUCAUGCAGUUUCUGUUUGUGUGUGGUACAGUGGUAGGGCCCUUUUGUGGCACCUGGAUCCAUCAAAUCUAAACCAUGACUUCAGCGAUGCUAUGGGAAGUAAUUACAAGGCCCUUGUUUUGUCUGAGAAGAGAACUACAUGAUACGGCAGCACGGCGUGUGAUUGUCAUUCUUAAUUUGCUCCCCACCUGCGUUCUUGGAGAUGCAAUCAUUAUUCCGUAUCUGAUUGCUUGCGAACGUAAGUUCACAACUCAUAAUACUUGGUGCACGCUGCUCUAUAUUUUUCUUGAGACUCUUAGUUUGUCAUGUUUAUGUGAGCUCGCUUCUCCAAGCAUAUUUUACACUUGCUUUAAAGGUGCAUAAAGUACAUCAAAGGUGUUGUGUUUCGAGCCUGAAACCAGCAAAGUUGAAGUUCAUUUUAGGAAACAGAGUAAUUGACAUGGUAAAGUGAAGUCUGCAAGGCUUGGAUUCACAAUGCCUGAAACUCAAGUAAUAGAUGCAUUCUUUGUAUUAUUUUGAAAUUACAUCUUCUGUAAGUGGGAACUCUAUUAAUCAGAGUACAGGUCUAUGAUGGUUGAGAUCAGACACUCAAUUAUUUAAUCUUCUGUAGCAUUCCUACAACACUAUUAUGGAUGUGCGGUGUUCUGCAUAUUGUCUCAGUGCAUUAUACAUUCUGGGUGUUGAAUAAGGAGAUCACUUUAUAAUGUUUCCUCAGGUAUAUCAUUUAUGUAUGUAGGGGUAUGCGUUCUGUGCUAGGACUUUGUGCAGCAGUUUUAUCAUUAGUGUUAGAUGUGCUUCUCGAGCCUGUGGGAUGGGGAAUAUCCUUUGAUCUGGGACAUACAUUUCCCUUUCAACAUGCUUAUUUUCCAGGCCAACGAAGGGACUUGCCAUAAUAACUGAAUCCAUACCAUGCAGAAGAAUAGUGGAUGUCGUGCCGUACAUAGAAGUUAUGGUUUGUUUCAGAAAAUUAAGAAUAGAUAAAUCUUCAUGGAAAAUCAUACAAUCACAACCAUCAAAGGGGCCGGACUUCGGCCAAAAAUAACCAUCAAAGGGAUUGUUCAAAAUUCAAAUACAGUUCUGCUUGCUGCAAAACUUCACACAGCGAACCAUUAAUAAAUUCGAGUGCAAGAUGAAGAAUUAUCAGACGUCCCUCUCUCAUGCCCUAAAAUUCUGCAUUUACAGAUUCCUUCAGGGCUCAGGAGUGUUGAUUGUGUCCUCUAGUUGUAUCAGUGAGCAAGACUGUAACAUGCUAAGGCACUACACACAGACUGGUUUUGGAGUCAAAUGAAAUGCAGACGAAAAGGAAAGGUCAUGGCCUAAAUGAUGAAGUGCAUAUUUCAUCUGUCUGGCUUGACAUUAUUGGCCAUAUUUUCCGUUGUGAUCUUUGAAUGUGAAGAUGCAUGUCAUCAUUUAGUCAGUCGACUUAUUUUUCAAAUAAGUAAUUUGUUUCAUAUGCAUCGAUCCUUGUUCUUACUUUACGGUCUUCAAGUUGCUAGGGCUUGAUGAGAAACUGAUUAUUUACUAUACAUGCAUCGAAGUGUGAAAAUUUAUUGCCGAAUGAGGCCCAUGCCAUACCUUUGAUGUUUCAUCUGAGUACAUGAUAAUGCGCAACAGGAGUCUCGGAAGUGUACAUUGAUCUUUGGGCCUACUGUAUAUAACUACAUAUUUUCUUUUGUUAACCUUUUCUUAUCAAACAUAUAUACUUUUUUCUGACUUUUGAGUAGUGCAAUAUUGAGUUACUGGCACUCUGUUAUCCCGGUCCGUCCUUACAUUAGGUGAAUGGGUUCUCCUGUUGCCUUACUUGAGAAAUAUCUGCCUGCCAUUCCUUUUACAUAUUUGACUGAUUUACUUUGCAUUUUCUGUUUGCGUUUGGUAGGCCCCUUUGUGGCAUCUUGAUACAUCCAUUCUAAAACAUGAUCUUUGAGUGAUGCUACGGGAAGCAAUUACAAGACCCUUGCUUUGUGGGAAAGGAGUUACAUUGUCGGGUAGCAUGGCGUGUGACAUUAAUACGCUUGGUUUGCUCCCCACCUGCAUCUUGGAUAUACGAUCAUCAUUCCAUAUCUGGUUUCUUGCAAUAUAGGACUGCUGAGCUGAGGCAUCCUCAGUCUGUCAUGUUCUCACUAGCUAGUACAGCUAAUCAAAUUCUUGCAAGGACGGUUCAUUGGCAAAUGAGCUCGCAUGCUUGGGUCAGGUCCCAACAAGGCAGCAACCCCUCACAUGGGUAAUUUAUUUCAUAUGGUCUUCAAGAUGCAAGGGCUUGAUGAGAAAUUUACUGUCCCAACAACCCCUCCUGUGCGUAAUUUAUUUCAUAUGGUCUUCAAGCUGCAAGGACUGAUAUAUUUAUUGUUCCCAACAACCCCUCUUCUGUACUACUAUUGGUUACCUGUCUGCUCCUGUGAAUAGAUCCGCGCACAGCUACUCCAUUGGAUCCACACUGAGCAUUUUGUCCAGUUCAGCAUUUUUAUCUCAGAUCCACACAAUAGCAAUAGGAGUGAACAGGAGAGGAGAGUUGGAGCAAUGGAGGCGACGGUGCUGAGCGUGGGCAAGUCCGUGGUGAACGGAGCUGUUAGCUACGCCCAAUCUGCCGUUGCAGAGGAGGUGGCGCUGCAGCUGGGAGUGCAGCGCGACCAGGCCUUCAUCAGGGACGAGCUUGAGAUGAUGCAGUCGUUCCUGAUGGUUGCUCACGACGACCGAGACGACAACAAGGUGGUCAAGACCUGGGUGAAGCAGGUCCGCGACCUGGGCUACGAUGUGGAGGACUGCCUCCAGGACUUUGCCGUUCAUCUUGAGAAGCCGUCCUAUUGGUGGCACAUCCUGAGGACGCUGCUUGACCGGCGCCAUGUGGCCGUGCAGAUGAAGGAUCUCCGAGCCAAGGUCGAGGAUGUCAGCCAGAGGAACCUGCGCUACCACCUCAUCAAGGGCCCUGCCGCUGGCUCGAAGUCCGUGGCCACGGCCGCCGAGCAGUACGCUGCAGGCAGUAAGGCCAGUGCUACAAUGUAUGGCGUCGAUGAAGCGAGGCGAGCAAUGAAGCCCAGGGUAGAUCUCGCGCAACUCAUCAGCAAGGAGCAGGGGAAGGAUCUUAGGGUGAUCGCGGUGUGGGGAACAUGUGGUGUUCUUGGGCAGGUGUCCGUGAUAAGGAAGGUGUAUGAUGAUUCGGAUAAGUUUGACUGCCGUGCCUGGGUCAAGCUUACGCAUCCUUUCGACCCGAUCAUGUUUAUGCAAAGCAUUAUGAGGCAGUUCUAUGGAUAUUCUUCUAUUUCAGAAUCAGCAGCUGAGGGACAAAGUUGUCCAGAAUGUGCAAGCGCUACAGGGGCUGAAGUUCUCAAGAAGAUGCUGAUGAUGAAGCAAAAAGAUCUGGUAGACAAGUUCACUGAGUAUGUGAAUAAGAAGAGUUACCUGAUUGUUCUUAACAACCUGUGUAGCAUUGAAGAUUGGGACUGGAUUAGAACUUACUUUCCUGCCAGCAGCAAUGGAAACCGGAUCAUUGUGGCUACACAACAAGUUGAAGUUGCAAGCUUAUGUGUCGGCCGGAAAUAUCGAGUUUCAGAGCUCAAGCAAUUAUCCACUGAUCAAACUCUCUAUGUUUUCUACCACAAGAGCCCUCAAGGUGGAUCAGAUCCAAUGGAGCCAGAGUCAAGCUCAAACACAACUGCCAUUGUUACUACUAAUAGAACAAACUCUUUGGUGCCCACAAGUGAGAUACCAGCUGGUGAUCAAGCUAAAGAUGCCACCACUGGACAGAAUGCGGUCAUGAGGAGCCUCAGUCGCAUCCUGUCGAGGACGGCUCUUCUGAAGGAAUCUGAAGUUGUUGGGAGGGUGACAGAAAAAAUUGACAUCCUCCAACUAAUUGUGGAUCCAGUGAACAAAGAAGUUCAGGUUAUCUCUGUGUGGGGAAUGGGUGGUAUCGGGAAAACUGCUCUAGUCAAAGAUAUCUGUGAAAGCCAAGAACUCAGUGACACAUUUAAGAAACGUGCUUGCGUCACAAUCAUGAGGCCUUUCAAUCAAGUGCAGUUCCUUAGGAGUUUAAUUAUGCAGCUAGUGGUAACAGAAACUUCUGAAGAGAAUGGUACGGUCUGUUCAUUGGGCAAAGUGAGGAAAACAUUGCCGUGGUCGGUUGAAAAGCUGGAGGCUGAGCUGGGAAGUCUUUUGGAAGAAAAGAGGUGGUUGAUUGUUCUCGACGACUUGUCAUCUACCACUGAAUUGGACAUCAUAAUGAAAAGUUUACCUUGUACAGAAAAUGCUAGUCGAAUCAUAGUCACCACAAGAGAAGAGAAUAUUGCCAAUCAUUGUUCAAAGAAAGUAGAAAAUGUGUACAAGCUCAAAGGUCUUACUAAGAAGAAUGCACUUGUCGUCUUCACAAAAAAGGUAUUCAAGGAAAAUGAAUGUUUGCAUCUGCAGUACCCUGAGUUGGUUGAACAAGCAGAACAGAUCUUGAAAAAGUGCAGUGGUCUUCCUCUUGCAAUAGUCGCCAUAGGCGGCUUCUUGGCAAACCAACCAAAAACUGUCAUGGAGUGGAGAAAACUGAAUGAGAAUCUUAGUAGUGAGUUGGAAAUGAAUACAGAGCUUGACACCAUAAGAACAGUGCUUCUCAAAAGCUAUGAUGGUUUACCCUAUCAUCUCAAGGCUUGUUUCUUGUAUCUGGCAAUAUUUCCUGAAGGCUACAAAAUUAGUCUAACACGUUUGGUGCGGCGUUGGAUCGCCGAGGGUUACUCGAGACCGGUGCGCGGCAAGUCUUCCUCUGAAAUAGCAGAAAGCUACUUCAUGGACCUCAUAAGCAGGAGCAUGAUCCUGCCAUCCCGGAGUUCAAGCCAUAGUAGAAAAGUGGUUGACUCUUGCCAACUCCAUGAUGUUAUUCGUGAAAUUGGCAUCUCAAAGUCAAUGGAAGAAAAUCUUGUUUUCAGAUUGGAGGAAGGUUGUACCUCAAACAGCCAGGGCACAAUACGUCACCUCUCUGUAAGCAAUAACUGGAAAGGAGAUGAGAGUGAAUUUGAGAGUACAAUUGACUUGUCUCGAGUCAGAUCCAUAACAAUUUUUGGGAAGUGGAGGUCAUUCUUCAUUUCUGACAAGAUGAGGUUGCUUCGGGUGCUGGACUUGGAAAGCACUUCAGGUCUGGUUGAUCAUCAUCUUGAGCACAUUGGGAAGCUUUUCCACCUGAGAUACCUUUCCCUGAGAGGAUGUCAUGGAAUUUAUCACCUGCCAGGUUCUUUGGGUAACCUGAGGCAGCUCCAAACACUAGAUAUCACAGGCACAAACAUAAUCAAGCUGCCAAAGAACAUCAUCAAGCUCAGGAAGCUACAGCACGUUCAUGCCAGGGGCGUCGGGAACAACGAUGAACCUGUCUAUCAAGAGUAUCCAAAUGAGGUCCCGAAGCUGACGAGGAACAAGCUAUGCAUCCUGACCUGCUCCUCAGUGGGGUUCUGCGUGGCAUGCUGCGCGCCACACCUCCUGAAGGGUUGCAUGGGCAUUGACGGGGACACAAACAGGCGCGACGUCUGCACUGCGUGCUGCUGCUCCUUUCUGCCGAUGCUGGCGACACGCCGGUGCUCACGUGGCGUUGAGAUGCCCAGAGGGAUCCACAGGUUCAAAGCUUUGCAGACACUGGGUGUCGUGAACGUCUCAAGGAGGAAGGCCACCCUGCGAGAGUUGGCUAGUCUCACCGGGCUGCGCAAGCUGGGAGUGACUGGCGUGGACAAGAGCAACGGCGGAGAGCUAUGUUCAGCACUGGCUAACCUCAGCAGCCUAGAGACGCUGCUGGUGCAGUCGGAGGGUAAGCCGGGUUUAUCUGGCUGCUUGGAUGGCCUCUCCUCACCUCUGGAAAACCUAGUGAGUCUGAAGCUGUAUGGUAACCUGGUCGAAUUGCCGGCAUGGAUCAACGGUGGGCUAAAAAAUCUGGCCAAGCUCAAGCUGCGGAGUUCCAGGAUUGAGAAACAUGAUGCCGCCAUACAGAUCCUUGGGAGUCUACCGAACCUAGCCAUCCUGCGUCUACGAAAAGAGUCGUUCGAGGGCAAAGAGGUCCAUCUUCAUUUCCAGCAGGGUGCAUUCCAGACCCUAAUGGUCCUGGAGCUGAGUUCCCCAGGUAAUCUAAAAUCUGUGCGUUUUGACAAGGGAGCAGCCCCUAAGCUUGAGCUGCUGCAGUACUAUGAUCAGCCCAAGGAAGAAGUCGUUUCGGAAGAAAAUGGUGAUCAGUUUGAAGAAGCCCCCGGUGUUUCGUUUUCUGGGCUAGCAUUUCUGGGAAGCCUCAAGGAAGUUCUGCUCGAGGGUGGCAACUACAAGGGCGAUUUCGUGCAAAACUUGCGCUCCCAGCUUGAGUUGAAUCUGAAACGGCCUGUUCUCAAGAUGGACUAACCUGACCUCCGGAAGGCCUAUGAUGUUUCUGCUGCUGCUCACUUGUUUUGAACUGCCAACCUGCCGCUGAACUGUUUUGAUUUUUUUAAUUUGAUUAUAUAAGAAAAAAAGGUCUACUUAACUCCUCCCAACUAUCUGUCCAGGACACUUCAAUUGUACCAUUAAAUAGUUUUAACAAUGGUGUUGCUCAUAUGGGUACUGGUAUAGACAUUGCAUACAGUGUUCUGCUUGCUGUUAAAGCUCCUGCUGGCAAAAAAGAAAACAGUAUUAUCGUCA